CAAACCAGCCAACGCCCUCAUUCCAAUAACUUCGUCCAAGCGCACACAAGUCACGUCGCGUAUUUAACCCCACACAGACAGCAAUGGAGGCCCUGCUUCAGAACGAGCUGAUGCUCAAGAGCGGCGAGGUGGUGCCCACGUCGCAGGCACUGGCCGGCAAGAAGGUCAUCGGCCUUUACUUCAGCGGCCACUACUGCCCGCCUUGCCGCAAGUUCACUCCGCUGCUAGACGUGGUUUACAACGACAUCAAGGAGGCUGGUCACGAUGACUUCGAGAUCGUCUUCGUGUCUUCAGACAAGGAAGAAGCCAAGUUUACAGAGUAUUACGAGGAGAUGCCCUGGAUCGCGCUACCCUACGCUCGCCGCGACCUCAAGAUCGAGUUGUGCGAGAAGUUUGGCGUCAAGACGGUGCCCACGCUCAUCUUCUUCAACGAGAAGGGCGAGAUAGUGGAGCGCGAGGGCCGCUACUUCGUCACGGACCACUCCGACGACAUCGACGCCAUCCUCGCCCACCUCCGCCAGGAGAAGAAGGAGUAAAGCAAGCGCUUCGACAGCAUAACUUUACCUUCUCUCCCCUGUAGAACAGUUUUUUUUCUGAUAGCUAACGGUGAAUUUAAAAAUCCACUUUCAAUUCUACAUUACAGAGCAAUGAUCAACACUCUAACUGCAUACACACUCUCGUUCAAUGCAAACAAUGGAAAUGUAACAUGAAAGCUC